GUGUGUAAUGUAUGUGUAGUGAGUGAUCUGAGUGGUGUUAAUAAGCAGGCUCAGACAGGCAGUGUAUGUUAGUGCAGUGGUUCGUGUAUCUGUGCCGGGCCAGCUGCACUCAUGGCUCGUAAACGGGAUGGUGGCUGCUGCCCCCUGCCCCUCAAUGAGGACAAUGCCCGCUUCUGCCUGCUGGCAGGGCUCAUCUUGCUCUAUCUGCUGUGUGGGGCAGCUGUGUUCUCCGCCCUAGAGCGCCCCUCUGAGCUCCGCGCCCGCCUCCUCUGGGACCAGCAGCUGGCCAACUUUACCCUGAGCCACCGGGUGAGCCUGGGAGCCCUGCACGCGCUGCUGCGUCAGUAUGAAGAGGCCAACGGGGCCGGGAUCAGAGUGGAUGCUCUUAGGCCCCGCUGGGACUUCUCUGGAGCCUUCUACUUUGUCGGCACGGUGGUGUCCACCAUCGGCUUUGGUAUGAACACCCCAGCUACCAUCCCUGGUAAGAUAUUCCUGAUCUUCUACGGCCUCAUCGGCUGUGCCGCCACCAUCCUCUUCUUCAACCUCUUCCUGGAGAGGAUCAUCACCAUGCUGGCCUACAUCAUGCGUUGGUGCCACGAGCGGAGGAUGAGGCGCUCGGGGUUGGGGGCUGUGUCAGGGACCGAGGAGCCCCGCAGUGAGGAGGACAGUCUGGAGGGCUGGAAGCCCUCUGUCUAUUACGUGAUGCUGAUCCUGGGGGUGGCGUCUGUGCUGAUCGCCUGCAGCGCCUCCUCUCUGUACUGCUCCAUGGAGGACUGGAGCUACAUGGACUCCCUGUACUUCUGCUUCGUGGCCUUCAGCACCAUCGGCUUCGGGGACCUAGUGAGCAGCCAAAGGGAGCACUAUGAGGCCCAGGAAGCCUAUCGCCUGGGCAACUGCCUCUUCAUCCUCAUGGGCGUGUGCUGCAUCUACUCGCUCUUCAACGUCAUCUCCAUCAUCAUCAAACAGACUCUCAACUGGAUCCUGGCCCGGCUGGCUUGUCCAGGCCGACGCUGUCCCUGCUCGUGCCCUAAGAGAGGCCUCCGCAGGCGGCAGCACUUCAAACGCAACGCCGUGCAGCCCACCCCGUCCCAAGUCCCCACAGGGCGACAUCGCUACACGGACGCCUCGGUGGAGACAGUGUGCGACAGCGAGACGGACGCCGGAGCGGGGGUGGACGGGGUCGCUGGGGGCCGGCGUCUCUCUGGGGAGAUGAUUUCGGUGAAUGACUUCACAGCGUCCAAUAAGGUGUCUUUGGCGCUGCUGCAGAAGCAGCUGUGUGAGACGGCCCAGCAGGGCCCCAGGCAGAGCCACGUUCCUCGCCACAAUGGCUUCUCUGGGGGGGUGGGUGCAUUUGCCAUUAUGAACAACCGCCUGCAGGAGACCAGUGUGGACAGGUAG